AUGUAUGCAAGAGCAUUGAGAGGAAAUUUGGUGUGGCUUGAUAGAAGAUUGAGAAAACAUUUGGUGUGGCUUGAAAGAAGAUUGAGAAAAGAUUUGGUGUGGCUUGAAAGAAGAUUGAGAAAAGAUUUGGUGUGGCUUGAAAGAAGAUUGAGAAAAGAUUUGGUGUGGCUUGAAAGAAGAUUGAGAAAAGAUUUGGUGUGGCUUGACAGAAGAUUGAGAGAAAAUUACGUGUGA